CAUCAAUAUAACUAGUUUUUUUAAAUUAAUUUAAAAAAUGUUAAUAAAUAAAAAAAACGAAAUGUAAAAAAGAUAAAGCUUAAAAAGAAUUGAUUUUUUAUAAGAAAACGGUAAAUAUAAAAAUAAUGAAAAUUAAAUAUUACAUCUGUCAAAAAAAUUAUCAUUUAUUUCGCCUAUAUCAAGAAAUUUCAAAAAAAAAAACUAAGAAAAAAAUGAACUUAUAAAAAAAUAAAAGUCUUUUUAUAUUAAAAGCUUCUUUUUUUUCUUUAUAUAAUAAAUAAAAACAAUUAAUAUAAUUACUUUAAUCAAAUAAGAUUUUAAAUAAAACUUAAUUUCGUGAGAAUAAAUUAAUUAAGUAAUUUUAAGAUUUACUUCAUUCUAAAAAAAAUUAAAAUUAAGACCUUUUAUCACUAAUAAGCAUAUAGUCCUCUUUCCACAGAAAUUGGGAAAAGAAAACAAAUAAAAAAUAUUUCCUGCUAAAUAACCAAGACAAAAUAGUUUGAAAAUAAAAGAUAAUAAAUUAUUAAAAAUAACCAAAAUUAAAUUAAAUUUUGUAAAUAUUGAAUCAAUCUGUUUUCCAAACGUUAUUUAUUAAAAUAUUGACUGCUUGCCAUUAUUAAGUAAAUUAAACUAAUUCUUUGAGUAUAGCUCUUAUAUUUGCCAUAUUU